CUGCUCCUCCUCAGGGUGACCACCCGACAUGAAGGCCUGAAGUUUGAGGACGCAGCGCCCCCUGCUGGACUCCUGCUGCAGCUGCCGGCCAUGGCUGAGCCCAGCUACUCCGACCUGAUCGCCAAACACUACAACUACACCGGCAAGUUCCGGAAGACCCAGCAGGACUCGGGUCUGAAGGCCGACUCGGUGGUCUUCAUCAUCGUGUGCUGCUUCAUCAUCCUGGAGAACAUCCUGGUCCUGACCACCAUCUGGAGGACGAAGAAGUUCCACAAGCCCAUGUACUACUUCAUCGGGAACCUGGCGCUGUCCGACCUGCUGGCCGGCGUGGUCUACACCGCCAACAUCCUGCUGUCGGGCGCCAACACCUACAAGCUGACCCCCACGCAGUGGUUCUUCCGGGAGGGCAGCAUGUUCGUGGCGCUGGCGGCCUCCGUCUUCAGCCUGCUGGCCAUCGCCAUUGAGCGCCACCUCACCAUGCUGAAGAUGAAGCUGCACAACAACGGCAACACCUGCCGCGUCUUCCUGCUCAUCAGCACCGUGUGGAUGAUCGCGGCGGUGCUGGGCGGCCUGCCGGUCAUGGGCUGGAACUGCAUCCACAGGAUGGCGCAGUGCUCCACCGUGCUGCCGCUCUACCACAAGGCCUACAUCCUGUUCUGCACCACCGUCUUCAGCAUCAUCCUGAUGGCCAUCGUGGUGCUCUACGCCCGCAUCUACGCGCUGGUGCGCACCCGCAGCCGCAAGCUGGUCUUCCGCAAGGCGUCCAACGGCCGCGGCGGCGCCGGCGCCAACAGCAAGAGCUCGGAGAAGUCGCUGGCCCUGCUGAAGACCGUCAUCAUCGUCCUGAGCUGCUUCAUCGCCUGCUGGGCGCCGCUCUUCAUCCUCCUGCUGCUGGACGUGGCCUGCGAGACGCUCAGCUGCCCCAUCCUCUACAAGGCCGAGUGGUUCCUGGCGCUGGCCGUGCUCAACUCCGCCAUGAACCCGCUCAUCUACACGCUGACCAGCAACGAGAUGCGGCGGGCGUUCCUCAAGACGCUCAUGUGCUGCACCGCCUGCCUCCGGCCCAAGGCCAAGCUGACCGGGCCCAUCAUGGGGGCGGAGUUCAGCCGCAGCAAGUCGGACAACUCCUCCCACCCCAACAAGGAGGAGGCGGAGUACUCGCCCAAAGAGACCACGGCGGUGUCCUCGGGGAACGUCACCUCGUCGUCCUAA